AUGCGGAGCCCUUACUCCCUGCCCUACCUCCUGUUCCUGCCCCUGGGUGCCUGCUUCCCGGUGCUGGACACAGAGGAGCCCGUGGACGCCGUGGGGGGCCCCGGCCGUGAAAUGAGUUGGACAGAGCCGGCGGGGGGACACCCCUUUCUGUGGGGCCCCCCUGGGUGGCCGAGAGACCCACACCCACGCGCCCUGCUUGUCAAGGCCAAGGAGCUGUGGGCAGCAGGCAGGGCGCGUGCCGGCUUCAAGCUGCGUCUCAGGAGGCAGGACGACGGCAGCGAGGCCACCGGCCUCCUCCUGGGGGAAGCCGAGAAGGCGGGGGGCCUGUUGGGGACCUUGGCUGAGGAGCUCAGUGGCUACAGCAGGAAGAAAGGGGGCUUCAGCUUCCGCUUUGGCCGGGGGUGA